GCAAGUGCUCAAGAAUUUAAUUAUACCAACAUGGGUAGAAACAUCGCCAUUGAAGGAGUGAAUGACCUGGCCGACAUGAAAGAAACUCAAAAAACGUUCAGCCUGCUAGGCCUUAAGGAAGAUUUCCAGAUGAAUGUUUUUAAAAUACUCUCCGCUAUUCUUCAUUUAGGCAAUGUACAGAUCCAUGCUGCUGGCGAUGAAAAGUCUUUUGUUAAUGUGGAUGACAAACAUCUUACUAUAUUUUGUAAACUCCUGGGAGUUGAAAGUGAUAAAAUAGCUCAGUGGCUUUGUCACAGGAAAAUUAUUACUACCUCUGAAACCGUAGUAAAGCCAAUGACGAAACUCCAAGCUGUAAACGCCCGGGAUGCUUUGGCAAAGAAGAUUUAUUCUCAUCUUUUUGAUUUCAUUGUGGAACAAAUUAACAAGGCCUUGCAGUUUUCAGGCAAACAACAUUCCUUUAUUGGUGUUCUGGACAUUUAUGGAUUUGAAACUUUUGAUCUGAAUAGCUUUGAACAGUUUUGCAUCAACUAUGCCAAUGAAAAAUUACAGCAACAAUUUAACCUGCAUGUCUUUAAACUUGAACAAGAAGAAUACAUGAAAGAAAAUAUCCCGUGGACGUUAAUUGAUUUUUAUGACAAUCAACCUGUCAUCGAUCUGAUUGAAGCUAAAAUGGGCAUUCUAGAACUUUUAGAUGAAGAGUGCCUGCUACCUCAAGGAACAGAUGAAAAUUGGCUCCAGAAGCUAUAUAAUAAUUUUAUAAACAAGAACCCUCUCUUUGAAAAGCCAAGAAUGUCAAAUACUUCUUUUAUCAUCCAGCACUUUGCAGAUAAGGUAGAAUAUAAAAGUGAAGGAUUUCUGGAAAAAAACCGGGACACUGUAUAUGAAGUACUGAUUGACAUCUUGAGAAACAGUAAGUUUCAGCUGUUUGCAAACUUCUUCCAGGACCUUUCAGUCCCUCUUUCCCCGUUCAACUCUGCAAUCAAAGUUAAGUCUGCAAAAACAGUGAUUGUGUCACCUAACAAACAGUUCCGUGCAACUGUUGGAAGUAAGUUUCGCAGUUCCUUAUACUUAUUAAUGGAGACGCUUAAUGCCACCACGCCACAUUAUGUCCGGUGCAUAAAGCCAAAUGAUGAAAAAUUAGCAUUUGAAUUUGACUCCAAAAGGGUGGUCCAGCAGUUACGAGCGUGUGGGGUGUUAGAAACCAUUCGUAUUAGCUCUCAGAGUUAUCCAUCAAGAUGGACGUAUCUUGAGUUCUACAGCCGUUACAGCAUUCUCAUGUCUCAAAGUGAACUUUCUCUAACAGACAAGAAACAAAUUUGCAAGAUGGUUUUGCAGCGGCUAAUCCAGGAUCCAAGUCAAUAUCAGUUUGGCAGGACAAAGAUUUUUUUCAGAGCGGGACAGGUUGCCUAUCUGGAAAAAGUGCGCUCAGAUCGGCUGAGGCAAGCAUGCAUUAUGGUUCAGAAGAACAUCCGAGGCUGGCUUCAAAGAAUGAAGUUCCUGCGCAUCAGACAAGCUGCAGUCAUCAUACAACAAUAUUUCCGGGGACAGAGGACCAUACGGAAAGCUAUAACUGCCAGGGCCCUGAAGGAAACCUGGGCUGCCAUAGUUAUCCAGAAAUACAGCCGAGGAUAUUUAGUGCGUAGACUUUGCCAGCUCAUCCGUGUGGCUGCUUUGACAAUCCAGGCCUUUGCACGAGGAUUCCUAGCAAGGAAGAAAUACAGGAAGAUGCUUGAAGAACAGAAAGCUUUAAUCCUCCAGAAGUACGCCCGGGCAUGGCUUGCAAGACGCCGAUUCCAGAGUAUUCGCCGUUUCGUCCUGAACAUCCAACUCUCGUACAGAGUCCAGCGGCUGCAGAAAAAACUGGAAGAGCAGAAUAAGGAAAACCAUAGUUUGCUGGAAAAGCUGACCACCCUUGCUUCAAAUCACUCCAGUGAUAUAGAGACCAUUCAAAAACUUCAACGGGACCUUGAAAAAUCAACUGGGCAAAGAAAACUAUCUGAAGAAAAUGAGAAGAAGAACAAGAUGGGCUAUGAACAGAGGGUUUCGAAACUUGAAAACCACAACUUGAGACUACAGGAAGAGAAGAAAAAGGUGGAAAAAGAACUUCAAAAGAAAACAGAGGAAAUGAAAGAUAAACUGGAUAAUUUGACGAAGCAGUUAUUCUCUGAUGUUCAAAGAGAGGAAAACCAACGAAUAAUAUUGGAGAAAAAUUUCCAGAGCGAAAAACAAGAUUAUGAAAAAAAGAUAGAGUCCCUCAAUGCAGAAAUAAUGCUUCUCAAAGAGGAAAAUGCUCAGCUGCAAAAUCUGAUUCAGGAACUGCAACAAGCUCAAGAAGGCUUAAAAACAGAAAUAGAGGAACUUUCAAACCAAAUUAAGACAAUCCCUGAAUUGCGAAAAGAAAUCGACUUCCUUCAGAUUCAGAGACUGGAUGCGGAGAAGCAACUACAAUACCAGAAGCGUGAAAUGAGAGAGAAGAUGUCCGAGAUUACCAAGCAACUCUUGGAAAGCUAUGACUUUGCGGACGUGAGGAGCAGAUUGUCUCCGGAAGACUUGCAACAUCUGAAUGAAGAUGGUGAACUCUGGUUUGCCUACGAAGGCUUGAAAAAAGCCACACGAGUUUUGGAAAAACAUUUCCAGGAUCAGAAAGGGAACUACGAAAGGGAGAUAGAUGAUCUGAAUGCUAAAAUAAACCAUCUUAGUCAAGAGAGCACCCACCUAGAGAAACUCUUCCGGGAGGAAAACGACACUAAGGAAUGUAUCCGUCUCCAAGUUGCCAGGCUAACCUCCGAGAACAUGAUGAUGCCCGACCUUAAGCUGCAGGUUGCUGAACUUCAGAAGCAGAAGCUGGAUCUUGAGCAUCGUCUUCAAGAUGAACUUGUCAAGAAAAGCGAGAAAAUGGAAGACUGGACAGAUCAAAACACAGAUGAGGAGCGCUCACAAAAACAAGCCUUGCCACUUCGAAAGGAAAUGUCCCCUAAAGGAAAGACAUUUCCAGAGUUUCAGAGGGACACUGACCAUCUGGAGAAGCAGCCUGAAAGAGCAAAUGGGACUGGAAGCAAAAUAUGGCAGGACGUCAUGUAUCUCACCAUGGAAAAUACAGAUCUAGAAGAAGAGCUGGAUAAGAAAGACCGGUUGAUAAAGAAGCUUCAGGAUCAGAUCAGAACCCUUAAAAAAUCCAUUGAGACAGGCAGUGAAGAAUCUCCAUCUUCGGUGCUAAGAGAAUACAUGGGAAUGUUGCAAUACAGAAAGGAGGACGAAGCAAAAAUCGUUCAAAACCUGAUCCUUGAUCUGAAACCCCGUGGAGUAGUAGUUAACAUGAUUCCUGGCCUGCCAGCUCAUAUCCUCUUCAUGUGCGUAAGAUACGCGGAUUAUUUGAAUGACGACAGUAUGCUGAAGUCGUUUAUGAACAUGGCAAUCAGCGGCAUCAAACAAGUCAUUAAGGAACAUGCCGAAGACUUUGAGAUGUUAUCCUUCUGGCUUUCCAAUACAUGCCAUUUUCUUAACUGUCUGAAACAGUACAGUGGGGAAGAGGAAUUCAUGAAGCACAACACGCCGCAACAAAAUAAGAACAAUCUGAUCCACUUUGAUCUGUCCGAAUAUAGGCAGGUGCUUAGUGAUCUUGCCAUUCGUAUAUAUCAUCAGUUUAUCGGUGUAAUGGAGACCAGUAUUCAGCCAAUGAUAGUGCCAGGAAUGCUGGAAUAUGAAAGUCUUCAGGGGAUUUCGGGCUUAAAACCCACUGGAUUUCGGAAACGCUCUUCUAGCAUCGAUGACACGGAUGCUUACACCAUGACCUCCAUCUUGCAACAGCUCAGCUAUUUUUAUACCACCCUGUGUCAGAACGGCUUAGACCCGGAGCUUUUAAAGCAGAGCGUGAGGCAGCUUUUCUUUCUGAUCGGAGCAGUUACCCUGAACAGUCUGUUUCUUCGGAAAGACAUGUGCUCUUGCAGAAAAGGAAUGCAAAUAAGGUGCAACAUCAGCUACCUGGAAGAAUGGCUGAAGGAGAAGAACCUGCAGAGCAGUUCUGCAAAGGAGACAUUGGAACCUCUUUCGCAAGCCGCCUGGCUUCUUCAGGUCAAAAAGAUCACAGAGGAGGAUGCCAAAGAGAUCUCGGAGCAUUGCGCGACCCUCUCGGCUAUGCAGAUAGUAAAAAUCCUCAAUUCCUACACUCCCAUUGAUGAUUUUGAGAAAAGGAUAGCUCCAUCCUUUGUUCGUAAAGUCCAGGGAAUGCUGAACAAUAGGCAGAAUUCCACACAACUGAUGCUUGAUACCAAAUUCCUCUUUCAAGUGACAUUUCCUUUUACACCUUCAUCACAUCCGCUGGAAAUGAUAGAAAUACCCAGCAGUUUCAAACUUGGCUUCCUCACUAGAAUAUAGUUACAAGAACUAAUGCAUUAUAAAUUCUGUUCUGUC